AUGAAGUUCUUAGGAGCUUGUCUGCUCUGUCUCUGGUAUACUGGAAAUGUUUUGGGCAAAAACAGAAAAUACUACAUUGGAAUUAAGGAAAUAAAUUGGGAUUAUGCUCCCAGUGGCAAGAAUAUCAUUUCUGGAAAAUCCAUAGCUGAUGACGUUUAUGCCAGCAAAUACCUACAGACAGCCCCAAUGAGAAUAGGCCGAGUCUAUAAGAAAGCUGUUUACGUUCAAUACACCAAUGGCUCGUACACAGAAGAAAUCAAGAAACCAGACUGGCUGGGAUAUUUGGGCCCCAUCAUAACAGCUGAAGUUGGUGACACGUUGACAAUUGUUCUAAAAAAUUUUGCAUCCCGACCUUACUCCAUGCAUCCAGUUGGAGUGCAAUACACAAAGGCAAAUGAAGGAGCCUUAUAUCCAGAUAAUACAUCUGGAGCAGAAAAGAAAGAUGAUUUUGUAGAGCCAGGUGAAUCGUAUACUUACCAAUGGGAGGUUGUCCCUGACCAAGGUCCAUCUGUAAUGGAUGAUUAUUGUGUUGUCAGACUUUAUCACUCACAUUUGAAUCCUGCAAGAGAUAUUUAUUCCGGACUUGUUGGACAGUUUAUUAUCUGCAAGGAAGGUGUCUUAAAAGAUAAGAAGAGCAAGAAUCGAUACAAGGAAUUCAUUCUGAUGUUCUCUGUGGUGGAUGAAAACUUAAGCUGGUAUCUGGAUGAUAAUAUCAAUACUUACUGCUCUGAUCCUGUUGAAAAAGAUGAUGAAGAUUUCAUAGAAAGCAAUAAAAUGCAUUCUAUCAAUGGAUACAUGUUUGGGAACCUCCCAGGUCUCUCUAUGUGUGAUAACACACAAGUCAUGUGGUAUAUGAUCGGUACAGGAAAUGAAGUAGAUAUUCAUUCAGUGAACUUCCAUGGUGAAGUGUUAACACAUCAGUAUUUUCGUGUGGAUACUCUUAAUGUUUUUCCAUCAACAAUGAUCCAAGCCACAAUGUCACCUAAGAACCCUGGAAAGUGGCUCCUCAGCUGUAAAGUCGCUGACCAUUGGGAAGCUGGAAUGCAGGCGAUUUAUGAAGUAGAAAACUGUACAGGACUAAACAAUUGCAGCUCUGAUUCAAACGUAAGACACUAUUAUAUUGCUGCUGAGGAGAUCAUCUGGAAUUAUGGGCCAACAUCAAUUAACCAGUUCACUUUUAAAAACCUGGAUGAUCCUGGGAGUGAAUCAGCAAAAUAUUUUAUACAGAAUCAGACCAGAAUUGGAGGAUCCUAUAAGAAAGCAGUUUAUAUAGAAUACACAGAUGGAAAUUUUACUAAAAAGAAAGAAAUAUCCAGGGAGGAAGACCAUCUUGGACUCCUGGGACCAAUAAUUUGGGCAGAGGUUGGAGAUAUGAUUAAAGUUACUUUUAAGAACAAUGCAAGCCGCCCCUACAGCAUCCAGGCCCAUGGAGUGAGCUACAAGAAAUGUAUGGAAGGUGCAGUCUACGAAACAGGCAAUGUCUCUAAAGCGAAUCUUACGACUGAAGAACCAGAUCAAGUGUCUGAGGCUAAUCGUGUAGAGCCAGGAGAUACCUUCACAUAUGAAUGGCACGUACCAUACAGAGUGGGACCAGCCUUACAUGACAUAAACUGCAUACCAUGGCUGUACUACUCAUCGGUUGAUGUGGUCCGAGAUCCUUAUUCUGGGCUUGUGGGUCCUUUGCUAGUGUGUUUGAGCCUGAGUCAGGGCAAACCGACGGAUGUUGACCGCAAUUUAUUUAUUAUGCCAACUGUAUUUGAUGAGAACAAGAGCUGGUAUCUGGAUGAAAACAUUUUGCGAAUUACAGACAACCCACAAAAUGUGGACAAGGAGGAUCCAGAUUUUCAGGAGUCCAAUAUGAUGCAUUCGAUUAAUGGAUACAUGUACGGGAAUCUGGCCGGGCUAUAUAUGUGUGAAGGAGAUUUAGUCCUUUGGCAUAUGCUGGGUCUAGGCACUGAGGUGGAUAUGCAUGGAAUACACUUUACAGGAAAUACCAUUAAGAUCCGUGAAACCACAAGGGAUGUAGCAAGCUUAUUUCCACACAUCUCAUACUCAGUAACAAUGAACCCCGACAAAGUGGGUUUUUUCGAUGUGGAAUGUUUGACUGCAGAUCACUACACAGGUGGAAUGAGACAGCACUACAUGGUUCAGCCAUGUUACCAGAAAAAUUCAACCAAAAAGCAUUUUCGUAAUGUCACAUAUUACAUUGCAGCUGAAGAGAUGGAAUGGGACUAUUCUCCCAACCGCACCUGGGAGCAUUUGUGGAGUUCAGUGCAUAAUGACAUCCCUGGAGAUAUAUACUUAAACAGAAGUCGAACAACUAUUGGUUCAAAGUAUAAGAAAGUUGUUUACCGAGAAUAUCAUGAUGACACCUUUACAGUAAGAGCGAAAAGGACCAAGGAGCAGGAACAUUUGGCACUUAUGGGUCCUCUUUUAAGAGCAAGUGUUGGUGAUAGAAUUAGGAUUGUAUUUAAAAACAUGGCUAGCAGACCAUACUCCAUCUAUGCACACGGCGUUAAAACAGAAGAAAAUGAUGUAACACCUACCGAACCAGGGAUGGUGCAAACAUAUGUCUGGGAUGUUGUAGAACGUUCUGGGCCUUAUAAGCAAGAAAAAUAUUGCCUGACAUGGGCUUACUAUUCCACUGUUGAUCGAGUAAAGGACAUAUACAGUGGAUUAAUUGGGCCACUUGUAGUCUGCAAGAAAGGCUAUUUUCCACAUAUGAUGCUCACAGAACCAGUUGUGCGCUUCGCUCUCUUUUUCAUGGUGCUCGAUGAAAAUAAAUCCUGGUAUCUGGAUGAAAAUAUCCAAACAUAUUGCCUAAAUCCAGAGGAAGUGGACAAAAGUGAUGCGAAUUUCAUUGAAAGCAACAAGAUGCACAGUAUCAAUGGGCUAAUGUAUAGCAAUCUGAAUGGACUUACAAUGCAUGUUGAUGAGACUAUAAACUGGCAUCUCAUUGUACUGGGCAACGAAGUGGAUAUCCACACUAUACAUUUCCAUGGCAACAGCUUCAAGUAUUCGAGAGGGGAGGUUUAUCAAAAUGAUGUAUAUGAGUCUUUCCCUGGAACAUUCCAAACAGUUGCCAUGAUAGCAAAAUCUCCAGGAACAUGGUUGUUGCACUGUCAAGUGACUGACCAUAUGAUGGCAGGAAUGGAGACUGUGUACACAGUACUACCAUAAAAAAAACCUCAAAAAGACAUGAAAGGUCUUCCUAACAGGCCUAAACAUGCAGUAAAAGGAAUUUCAUAAACACAAGAUGACAUAUCACAAAACUGUUUUAUGUGUUCACAAGAUAAUAAAUAAUGCAUGUAAAUGAUGUGGACCACCAGAAAAUCUGGUUACCAAAGGAAAGCAAUAAAAUUGUA